CCGGCCUUCUCGGCAGUCGCAGCCGCAGCCGCCACAGCAGCUCCCGGUGUCCGCGCGCGGCCCGCAGGGCGCAGCCGGCUCCGAGGAUGAAGUGCAAGCCGAACCAGACGCGCACCUACGACCCCGAGGGCUUCAAGCAGCGGGCGGCGUGCCUGUGCUUCCGCAGCGAGCGCGAGGACGAGGUGCUGCUGGUGAGCAGCAGCCGCUACCCCGACCGCUGGAUCGUGCCCGGCGGCGGAAUGGAGCCCGAGGAGGAGCCGGGCGGCGCGGCGGUGCGCGAGGUGUACGAGGAGGCGGGCGUCAAGGGGAAGCUGGGCCGGCUGCUGGGCGUCUUCGAGCAGAACCAGGACCGCAAGCACCGCACCUACGUGUACGUCCUCACCGUCACCGAGCUGCUGGAAGACUGGGAAGACUCGCUGAGCAUCGGCCGGAAGCGCGAGUGGUUCAAGAUCGAGGAUGCCAUCAAGAUCCUGCAGUGCCACAAGCCCGUGCACGCCGCGUACCUGGAGAAGCUGAAGCUGGGCGGCUCCCCGACCAAUGGAAACUCCGUGGCCCCGCCGUUGCCUCCGCCCGAGAGCCAGCCUCAGUGAAUGGCAUCAAUAUUGUUCAGAUUUACUUUGAAAGAAGUAUGUGACCCCAUUGGUGACUGGAAUUGUGCAGCACAGGUGAGCUCUUUGACAACACCAAGGACACAGCUCAUCCUAUGCUUUUGGACACUUCUUUCUGUUAUUACAAUGGCUACUUUCCAGGUUGUUGCACUACCACUGUAUCUGUACAAAAUUCUAUUUGGGCACUUGUGGCCUUUUUGUGCUCUUAUGAUUAUGUGUCUUAUGAUUAUGUUAUUUCCCAAAAGAUAUGACCUUGAACGCAAGAAACCUGUUUCCUUAUUCUGUUUUUAUAUAUCUAGUAUAUAAGACUUCACUUGAUAAUGCAGUAGACAUCACUGACGAUUUGUUUAAAUAAUUUGUAUUUUGUAAUGACACUGAGUGGUAAAACAUUCCCAUUCUAAUCUGUCUAGCAUAUAUGUGGCUUUUGUAUAUCAGGUGUCACACAACUACUUCAAGGCAGCUGUGAAGUAUUAGCAAAAAUUCUUUCUCAUAUGUGGCAUCCCAGACAUUAUGUACCCUUCGAUGCAGUACCCUGUACCUUCUGUGAAAUACAUUUGCCAAACUUUUGAAAUUGCUUAAAUUUUAUCAUGCCUCUAGACAUAAUUCCCACUUCAUAGAAAAUGCAGGAGACAGAAACAUAUUCGUCUGCACCACACAGAUGAAAUCAUCAGAAUCCUAAUAGGAAACACCAUAUACAAAUUAUCUAAGUUUGUUCAGUAAAUAGAUCUCAAGGACGAAAGAAAGAUGGAGAUUAAAAUCAUAGAUUGAAAGUGGCUUUAGAGACAUUACACUGACAUGAGCUUUAUUGGAUCCUGAAUUAACUAAAAUGUAAAAUGAAUACAUUUACAGAACAAUCUGGGUAAUUUGAGCCUUGACUGGAUAUUUGGUAUUAGUUGUUAUAAUGGUACUGUGGUUUUGUUGGAAACAAGAGCUUUAAUAUACAUCCAAAUAUUUACAACUGAAUGACAUCGGAGAUUUCCAUCAAGAGUCUCUACAUUAAGUGCAUUGAAGAUACUGAAAGAAGA